AGAUUUUACAGCCCAAAUUUAAGUUUUGGGAUUAAGUGAAACUAAAUUGAAAAUUUUAAGGAUUUUGACGCCAUUUACCCUUAAAAUAAAAAAGAAAAUAAAGGAAAAUAUUUUUCUUUAUUUGUAUACAUUUUUCCAUGGUAAAAAAAAUCUUCCAGUUCAUUGUUUGGAUUGCUAUUUGGUAUAGUAGUAUAGAGAUACUUGCUUCUGCACGUCGUUUGUCUCUCUUCUCUGUAGUCUCUACAACAUUUGAAUUUAAACAAAAACAAAAUAAAAAAAUAAAUAAUGGAGGAAGAAGAAGAACAAGAACAAGGCCUUCGGAAGUUCGGAGAGAGAGAGAGAGAAAUCUAAAGCAAAGCAGGUUGAAUUUGAACCAAACUUACCCAUCUCUUAAAACUACUUUCAUUCCAACAAAUGUAGCUUUAAGGUUCGCUUUCCAACUCUUUAUUUGAUCUUCCCACUUUCUCUCUGAUCUAAUCUGACACUAGAAAGAAAUCUUUAUUCAUCCAUGUCUGUUUUCAUGGAGGGAAGGAGAAUGAGGCAGUCAUUGCCGGAUUGGAUUUGAAAAUUUGGGAAAUACUUUGGUGCUGCCUUUGAGAUUUUUGCCGAUCCCAUUAGGGUUUUAUUCACACGAUUAUCUGAAGUGGGGUUUUCCAUUGUUUUGGUAGUCAUGACUACCAAGCGCGCUUACAAGCUCCGUAUCCUUCUCCUAUUGUUUCUCCUAUUUGUUCGUUUAAUUUUUCUAUUUUGGGUUUAGUUUGUUUUUUGUUGGGUAAUGAAAUUUUGUUCACAUUUGAUUGAUUUGUUCCACUUGUCAGCUCUAUAAUGGAGGUUUACUCCAACAUUCUCCAACCUUUUUCAACCUCCACUAUGAUAAAACAAGCAGCAACAAAAUCUGCUUCUCAUAAUCAAUCUGAAAAUAAUGCGGGGAAGGCGAAACAUAGGGCCUGCACCAGCUUAUUAUUCCGCUAAUUGGGUUAUUUGAUAUUGGCUCUAAUUAAAUAGUAAAUACUUUUAUUUUUUUAACUAAUUAAUUAAUUUUAAAUUUUUUUAAUCUAUUUGAUAUUGGCUCUAAUUAAAUAGUUUAUUAUUAUUUAAAUUUAAAUAUAAUUAGGAAAAUAUCUAUCAGUCUUAAUUAAAUCUAUAUAUCUAUACUAUAUUAUAUAUCCCUUAAAACUUAUUUAUUUUCUCCAAUUUUCUUUCUUUUUUAUUCUAAUUUUCAUUAAUAAAAAAACUUAAAUACCUAAUUCUAUCUCAAACAACAUAAUCAAUCCACCCAUUCUUUAUAUAUUAUUAACUUAAUAUAAUACCCGAUAACUCGAUUAUCACCUUCAAGAAAUCAUAUAGAGUUGGAGUUACUUCACUGCGCAUGCCCACAUAUGGAGUACAACAACAACAACAAAUACAGAUACGGAGUAAUGCAGGCGCAUGAGGCACCGGAAAUUACUAUGAAUACUCCAUCUUCUUCCAUCCAUCCUUUCCCCUCUCAGGCGUAUAAGGCACGAGAAAUUACUGUGGACACUCCAUCUUCUUCUAUCCACUAUUUCUCCUCUCAGGAUCUAGCGUUGCAAAAUUUUGGACUCCCUACAACAAGUAAAUCAAUCGGCCCUGGAAGUGACUUUUCCCUUGAAAGGAAAGGAUUGUUAGAUCAAUCAAAUGCUGAAUGGUCUGAAAUUUUGAAUUUUGGAGAGUCAAGUACUUCUCUAAAUGGGCUAGAUUUCAAUAACAAUAGUUUAAAUGUUUGGGGAGAAAUUAGUUAUAAUUACUCUUUUGGUGAUGGCAUUACAAAGAUAGAUGAACAAAAUAUUCUAUCAUCACAAAAUCAAUAUCACCACUCAGAGAAGGAGAGUUAUGGCCUACCUAUUUCACAACAGACAUAUGAGGUUGAAUCUACACGAAAAGAAAUGAAUUUCGAACCUCGACUUAAAAGGCAAAAAUUCAACUCAUGCAAACGUUGUAACUGCAAGAAAACUGAAUGUUUGAAUCAGUACUGUGUUUGUUUUGCUACUGGUCAGUACUGUUUGGACCCUUGCAAUUGUGAGAAUUGUUUUAAUAAAGUUGCUUUUUCAGAGAAGGUUGAGGUGGCACGAAAGAUGAGCCUACUAAAAGCAUCAACUAAACGUAGAGGAGGCUGUAAUUGUAAAACAGGCUGCUCUAAAGAAUAUUGUAUAUGUUUGAAGAACAAGAUUGGAUGUUCUGUUGAGACAUGCAAAUGCAUCGCCUGCCAAAACAUAUUUGGUCAAAGAAAAGGAGCAACAAAAGAAGGAGAAUUACAAGGGUCAGAACCAAAUAUGCACUUUAGAUUUCCAAUCCAACAACCACUUGAUAACAUUAUAUCUUCAUCAUCAAUAAACGAUUCUUGAAGAUGGAACUCUUGAUCCACUAUAGGCUCAACUCUAAACAGCUGCAAGUGAUUAUUUAUAAAGUAAUCGAUUGUUAGUUUAGAUUUAUUUGUUGUGCGGUUCCUAAACUAUGUUUUAGUUCCUAAACUUUAUUUUUAGUAAAUUAGUUUUUGAAUUUUGAAUUUUUUAAUAAUUUUAAGUCCUCACGGUUAGUGAUGGUAUUUUUGCCCUUUUUUUUUUUACUUUCUU